AUGAAGGGGUUUUUCGGCUCCAAAAGUUCGCGGGGCAAUGGGGCUUCGACCAUUCCUUCACCCGUCCCUGCUCCCGUCAAGAAGGACCCCCAGGCGCCGCAGAUAAGUCCGCUCGAGAAGAGGCUGAAGGACAUGGGCCCUAUACGGGUUGACGGCAGCGACAAGUUCUUUGGCAUGGAAAAUUACGGCAAUACGUGCUACUGUAACUCGAUCCUCCAAUGUCUCUAUUAUUCCGUUCCCUUCCGCGAGGCUGUCAUCAACUACCCGCAGCGAACUCCGGUCGAAACCCUCGAGGCUGCCCUUGCUCAAAACCUUCGAUUUCAGGACCCCAACGCGUUCUUGGAGGCGGAGGCCUUGGCGGCUAAACAGAAGGUGGUUGCCGCGUCUUCAUCCAGACAGGCCGGUGUGACCCCCAAUCAACCCCAGAAGCCCGAAGACAAAGAAUCGCCAGAAUACAAGAAAAAGGUCGCCCUGCAGACCCUUCCGAUCCUGGAGACCAAGAACAAUGCCUCCAGCUAUGGCAUGUCGGAAUCGCUCUUUACGUGCCUGAAGGACAUUUUCGAGUCAUUGGUCGGUAGCCAGUCUCGUAUCGGAGUGGUUCGUCCUCAACAAUUUCUGGAAGUCCUACGUCGGGAAAAUGAAAUGUUCCGGACAGCCAUGCACCAGGACGCACAUGAGUUCUUGAACCUGCUUCUCAACGAGGUGGUAUCUAAUGUUGAGGCAGAGGCCUUGAACCAGAGCGUCGGGAAGCCUCUCCCUCCACAGCCCUCCGAAAGCGCAGACUCACUUGCUCUGAAUGGAAGUACGGGCUCUAAGUCGCCGAAUACGACGAGAUGGGUUCACGAAUUGUUUGAAGGAACGCUGACCUCGGAGACCAAGUGUCUAACUUGCGAAAAGGUAUCGCAACGAGACGAGGUAUUUUUGGAUCUGUCGGUCGAUUUGGAACAACAUACUUCCGUGACCGCUUGUCUUCGGAAGUUCUCUGCUGAAGAGAUGCUUUGUGAAAGGAACAAGUUCCACUGCGAUAAUUGUGGAGGCCUUCAAGAGGCAGAAAAGCGCAUGAAGAUCAAGCGUUUGCCUCGCGUCCUCGCAUUGCAUCUCAAACGUUUCAAGUACACCGAAGAUCUCCAGCGACUCCAAAAAUUGUUUCACCGUGUGGUGUACCCUUACCAUCUUCGCCUUUUCAACACAACCGACGAUGCCGAAGAUCCGGACCGGCUCUACGAGCUUUAUGCCGUCGUUGUGCACAUUGGUGGCGGUCCAUACCAUGGCCAUUACGUGGCGAUUAUCAAGACUGAAGAUCGCGGUUGGUUGCUCUUCGAUGAUGAGCUGGUGGAACCGGUAGAUAAGAAUUAUGUCAAGAACUUCUUUGGUGACAAGCCAGGGUUAGCUUGUGCAUAUGUUCUCUUCUACCAGGAAACCACUCAGGAAGCCGUUAUGCGAGAGCAGGCCCAAGAAGACCAAGCUUCUGCUGCGGCUGCCACUGCGGCAUUCGCAGCAGCGGAUUCGGCGAAGGCAAAUGGCCAUGCACUUUCUCCUGGGCUGCAUCAUGUUCACAGUGCUAGCCAAGUUCCUUCUGAUGACCUCAAUCGUUUUCUACCCAUGAAUAAAUCACUGAGCGUUCCUUUGAUGCCUUCCCAUCCAGAGUCCCCUGAGCCCGAGGGGACGAGCCCACCAACAUCUCAACCACUAGCGCCGCCACUCCCACCCAUUCCGGACGAGGAACCGUCUAAACUCAGCCCGAAGAAGAGCGAUAUCCAAUCUCGCAAGGAAAAGGCUCGGGAGGAGAAGGAACGACGGCAGGCCGAGAAGGCUGCUGAGAAGGCCGCCGAGAAGGCCGCGAAGGAGGAACGAGAGCAACACGAACGGAACGAGCGUCAACGGCGAAAGGAACAAUAUCAAUCUCGCAUGGCUUUGGCCAGAAAGGAGGAAGAGGAGAUGCGGAAGGCUAUUGAAGCAAGCAAAGCCGACGCAUUUGAUAUUGGACCCGAAAAUGGAUCUCCUCGCAAGUCCACUUCCAGCCUCCCCGGGAUCUUCAAACGAGGGAGCCGCAGCCUAAGCCAAAAAUUGAGCAAAGAACCCCGAGUAUCUCUGUCCGCUAUGGAAGGGUCGCCCCAUCCACCACCCCAAGUCCCAGAACUCCCUUCUCACGAGACGGGAACUCCGAGGCCCCCGUUGCCUCGCAAAACAAGUGCAGAUAUCUCCAUCCCCAGGUCCUCCUCUCGAACCGCCUUACCUCUGGUCAAUGACCAAAAUCACCACCACACCUUCACCCACCACCAUACCUUCCACUCAAAAAACGACAGCCGCACAACCCUCAAUUCCCACGCCCCCAAUGAAAAACAUCCCACCGAGAAGCACGGCCAUACCAGACGGUGGCGGUCCCUCAGUCUCAAGAAGGCUUAA